AGUCAAACGAACAGAGAGUUCCGUCCAGAAAACACUCAACGUGAAGCAGAGUUCCUCAGAAAUGCCCUCCGUUUACCAAAAAUCCCUAUUCAUAUCAUGUCUAUGCUUGUUCACGGUUACGUGUGUUGAUGGGCUGAUGAACGAUACACUGAGAAACAUGUUGCUGACUCUUCACAAUAAUGCAAGAGAUGAUGUUCGAAAAGGAGCGAUCAGUGGACAGCCGAAAGCUAUUUCUAUCAAACACGUGAAAUACAACAUGGAGUUGGAGAAGAAAGCACAGAAUUUAUCUGAUCAAUGUCGUGUUGGACAUGACACAGACGCAGAGCGUAAAGUUCCGCCAUUCACAUAUAUUGGACAGAAUUGGGCGGGUGCAGCAACAGUCGAACUCGGAUUCAAUUCAUGGUUGAAUGAGUAUAAAAAUUAUGAUUUCUACGGUAGUUAUUGUUACAAUGGUCAAUGCAAUAAAUACACACAGAUUGUUUGGCAGAAAACUACCGAUAUAGGAUGUGGCGUCACAAAAUGUCCCUCUGCGCCAUAUGGAUUGAGCAUCGUAUGCAAUUAUGGACCUGGCGGCAGGUACAUCGAUCAGUAUCCAUAUGAAACAGACCAGACAGGCAAACUAUAAUCAGGCUUCCAUAUCACAAGCCUGUUUCAAAUACACUCAGGUUAUUCAAAUCUCAGUCCAGAAAGUACUCAGUUUAUCAACAACUAAAUAUAACGCGAUAGAUUUUGACAUCUAAUAACUAUUGAUUUGUUCAUCAUGAUGUUCAGGAUACGGUAUUGUCUGUUUGUUUUCCUUUCUGUAAUUUUAUUUCAACAAAUGUCUUGUUUGAGGUAAAAGGUCCUUACGGUCAAUUGUGUUUGUUCACUGAUGAGUUGAAUAUAUUCUCACUUGCUUCCUUUUCUUCUUCUUGAUGCUAUUGAUGUUGUUGAUGUUGUUGUUCAAAUUUACCAAAAUAAAAAUGUAUAUCUCUAUAUAUUAUUUCCC